UGCCCCCGCCCCGAGGGCGCUCGGCCGGGCUGAGGGGCCGCUGCCGGCGGACGCCCCGUCCCGGGCGGAGCGGCGGCCGCUGGUUGCGCCGGGCGGGCCGCGCCGGGCGGGCCCGGCAGCGCCGGAUGCAGCCCGGGACGUCCCGGGGGUGGGGGAGAGGGAGAGACGCUCGUUUGCCCGCGGCGUUUCCAGGCGUCGGUGCCCGCAGUGUGUUUCCUGAUUCCGUGUUUGUGGCCCGACAGGAAACUUCCUCGUGUGCUUAAAUUCGGUUUCGUGGUUUAAAUGUCGUUUGCCGGUGAGCGCGCUGGCGUAGCUGCGAUCCUUUGCUAGUUCAUGCGCUGGCGUAGUGCAGUGAAUAAAUGAAUGGACGUGGGCUUUGUGCUAGGGUGGUUUUGGAGGUUUUUUCCUUUCUCUUACAAAAGAUUGCAUUAUGACUCUAUCUGUAUAAAGUAUUUGGGCUGUAUUUGUGAAUUUUAUUAAAGCUUGAAAUGCAAAAAUAAAACUUAAAUUGAUGAAGGUGACGUUUCAGUAGGUUGCAUCACCUCUAAUUAGAGCUUCUUUAAGUAGUCUCAGCAAGUUUGGUGUGUUUGUCGUAGUUUUUUCUGGACAUAAUCCCACAAAUUAUGCUCCUGCAGACAGGAAUUUAUCCUUCCGUGAAGCAUGAGUGACUAAUAAACUUGCUAGUUUGAGUUAGUUAAGCAGCUAACUAAUGUAAAUAUUCCUGGCUUGAGAGGAUAUAGGGAUGAAAAGUGACAGAACCUAUUGGCAGUUCAGUGGAUUAACCAAUAAAUAGGCUUUUGAUUUUUAAAAUUCUUUUUAGUUAUCCCUGUUUGCAAAUGGACUGAGUUGCUGCAGAGACUGUGGUUUAUGGUGCUGUGGUUUUGUGUAUUCUGGUAGAAAACAGAAUUUCCCAACAUGUGGAAAACAAGUGGCUUUACCUCUGAUGCCUUGGUCAAGCACUCCCUGGGGAAGCCUGUUGACACAGUUGAGUGUUUGCAGGUUCAUCUGACAGCUGAGAAAUAACAAAUGACGAGAAGUAAAACCAAGCUUUAUUGCUUUUGCCUUUUUGUUCAUUGCCUUUUAGAGUGAAACUGUCAACCAUAGUUCUAAGAGGAGUUUGAUCUAUCCGAGGAAAUUGAGGGGUUUUGAUUCGGAGGUACGGGACUGUCAGAGCACAGUCCCAGUUUGAAACUGACACAUUUCCCGGCUUUGGGGGUAGCUGCUGAAAAACUGAGAGCAAUCCCAUUUUUUCUUGGUUUUCCUUCUACUUGUUGCAUUGUUAUGGUGCCACUUGUGGUGGUCAUAGGCUUUGAGAGACAGCGGUUGGUGAGGCAUCGUGCAGAAUUACACUCAUGGACCCUAAUUUCAGCAUCCUGCACUGCAGUCCUUUGGGACCUCUGCAGUCAUUCCAGGGCUGGAGUGCCCUUCCCUGUGGAACUGCAGGGCUGUAACUGCUGGGGGCUCACCCCUUCCAGGCUGAGCGUGCCCUGCUUUGAAACACCUGUGGCAUUUUCAGUUACAAUCCCAGUGAGCUGGGAAGAUUUGUGAAGGAUGUAGCUUCUUUUUUGUAUGGAUGAGAUGCUGUGGGGUGGUUUCAGUUAAACUUGCUGGAGGCUGAGGGAGUUGAUGUUUCCUCAUUGGUGUUGCUUGUUGCAUUACCUGGUCUGUGCUGUCUCUUGGAGCCUGUACCCGCUGAUGCAUGUGUCAGGCUAUUUCUUGCUUUGUUCACCCUGGUACUUAGAUGUAAAUCUGGUUAAGGAGAAUUUUGUGUAUAGCCAGGAACAGUAAUUUUCAGUUUAGGAAGGAUACAACUACAUAUUCCUAAGUACCAGUGAUACUUUGUGAUACUUUAUAAUAAACUUCGAAGUGAUAUGUCAAGAUAUUGAGUUAAUAUAUGAACAGUUAAUAUGAAUAUAUUAAUAAUUUCCUUCCUACUUUAAUAAACAAUAAACAUAAAUUGUAAAAAUUAUCUUUUCACAUAAGAAAUUCUGUGUAAUCAAGGUUGUAUGAAGAAUUGACUCUCCAGGGCUCUUCACACUGUGAGAAGAGCCAUAAGUUAAUGUUUCUGUUGUGGAAAAAUGUGUGACUAGCUAGAUUAUUUUAAUAGUUUUAUUUUCAAACUAGAUUUCCUAAAUUCAUUGCUGGUCACAAUACAGUUUUUUGACAUGAUUUCUGGAAUAAAUUGUCUGUGAAGAUACUUAUUUGUAGUGAAUAAAUUUUGCUAUGAUGUGGGAGUCUUAAGCAAGCUUUAAAAAUUAUUUUUCUUAAAACAUUUCUGUUAAUAUUUAGCCUCUCUAGAGACUAUUGAGAUAAAUGGAAAAAAAUCUAUACUUUUUAAAAUUUUCUUUCACAGACAAUGAUUUGCAAGGAACAAAUAGUUCAGGAUCAUUGGGUGGUCUUGAUGUCCGUAGAAGAAUCCCUAUAAAGCUUAUUUCAAAACAGACCAAUAAAACCAAACCUGCUCCUCGAACUCCAAGAAAUAUGAACAGGAUGCCUGCGAAGACACAAGCUGGUGAUGAAGAAGAAUUUGAUUAUAACAAGGAGGAGCGAUACGAAUGUAAAGGAGGUGAAAUGUUUGGCAAUCAAAGGAGAUUUCCUGGACCCAUUUUUUGGGAUUAUAAGAUAAACUUGCUGGGGGAAAAGGAUGAUACACCAGUCCAUUUCUGUGAUAAGUGUGGAUUGCCCAUCAAGAUGUACGGCCGCAUGAUACCUUGCAAGCAUGUUUUUUGCUAUGACUGUGCUAUACUACACGAGAAAAAGGGAGACAAGAUGUGUCCAGGCUGUAACGAACCUGUGCAGCGAAUUGAGCAGUGCGUACGAGGGUCUCUCUUCAUGUGUAGCAUUGUUCAAGGAUGCAAGAGAACUUACCUGUCACAGAGGGACUUACAAGCUCACAUCAACCACCGUCACAUGAGAGCUGGCAAGCCUGUUACUCGUCCUCCCAUUGAGCCCGUGCAUCCUCCUAUUGCCCCUCCGCCGGCGGAAAUUCCCGAGCGUUUCAUCAUGCCCCCUGAGAAACACCACAUGAGCCACAUUCCUCCAAAGCAGCACAUCAUGAUGCCACCGCCUCCUCUGCAGCACGUGCCACACGAGCACUAUAACCAGCCUCACGAAGACAUCCGUGCUCCUCCUGCAGAGAUGUCCAUGGCUCCGCCGCCCCCCCGCCCCGUCAGCCAGGACACCUUCCGCAUCUCCACCAGGAAACACAGCAACUUAAUAACUGUCCCCAUCCAGGAUGAUUCCAAUUCAGGCGCUCGAGAACCGCCUCCACCGGCGCCCGCGCCUGCCCACCAUCAUCCCGAGUACCAGGGUCAGCCGGUGGUGUCACACCCUCACCACAUUAUGCCUCCCCAGCAGCACUACGCGCCGCCCCCGCCGCCGCCGCCGCCCAUCAGCCACCCGCUGCAGCACCCUCCGCAGGCGGCCGGCACCCCUCACAUGGUGUACAGCCAGGCGCCGCCGCCCCCCAUGACCUCUGCCCCUCCGCCCAUCACCCCGCCGCCCGGACACAUCAUCGCCCAGAUGCCGCCCUACAUGAACCACCCUCCUCCGGGACCUCCCCCUCCUCAGCAUGGAGGCCCACCUGUAAAUGUAAACGCUCCCCCUCCCCAUCACUAUAAUCCCAGCUCUUUGCCGCAGUUCAGUGAAGAUCAAGGAACUCUUAGUCCCCCUUUCACACAGCCUGGGGGAAUGAGUCCAGGGAUAUGGCCAGCUCCAAGGGGGCCGCCCCCACCUCCAAGGAUGCAAGGGCCUCCUGCUCAGGCCCCCCUUCCUGGACCACAUCACCCCGAUCAAGCCAGAUACAGACCCUAUUACCAAUGAUACGAGCAACUAUAUGAAUAGAGAAUGCCGUGAAGAGGAUAAAACUAAAUACAGAAGCCUUUUAAUUCAUUGUUUUGGGGUUAUUUUGUUGUGGUUUUUUAAGAAUACUGUCAUUUUGACUGUAAGACAUUUUGAGCUUUGAAUCUUAAAUGAUUUUUAAGCCUUGGCCGUAGGACUCUUAACUUCAAAUACUCUGUAGUGCUAAAAUAAGUGGCUUAGUAGACCACAGUUGCAUUUUAACAGAACUCCUGUUGCUAGUGUGGCUAAAUUGUCCUAAGAUGAUCACUUGUAAUAUUAUUUCCUGGAGAAGAUGAACACGUGUUGUACCAUUCUGAAUAUUGUUUUUGUUAAAUCCAGUGUUUUUGUUAACCUGUGUACAAUAAUUAAAUUGAAAUAUGGUUGUAAAUGUGGUGAGUUUUUAUAUGAAGUUAACAUACACAUAGUUCUGGGACACCAUUUCAACACGUAUACCUUCCAAACAGCAGUGUAGUGAACUAUUAAAGGAACUUUAUUAUUUCUCCUACUGCCAUUUACCAUUACUCAUGAGGAUUUCAAGUUGCAAUGAAUUCUUGGCACUAGAAAUCAGACAUGCGGAAUUCUGCAUUUACCACAUUACAGCUUUUCUGUUUUUUUCUUUAUGCAUCAAAAUGAAUCUAUCAAAGAUAGAGCUUUGGGCAUGACAUGAAACCAUGUAUUGUGGGGUUUUUUUGUUUGAGUUUUUAGAGUUUGUUUUAAAGCUAGUUUUGAUUCAGAAAGUUUUGUUUACACGUAAGCUACUGAGUGGAGUUGAAUUCCAACUACUGUGUUUACCUACAGCUGUGUUUGUGUGGAAGUGGCUGUGAACUGGCUUGCCAUGUCCAUGGAAAGCAGCUUCUUUUAGGCAGGGAAGUCACAUUUGCCUCUCUUGCUUUAUAUAACGUGUUCAGUAGGAGAACUUCCUAUUUGGAUAAUACGAGGAAAGUGGUCUGCAAUUCCAUGUGUAGAAAUAAAAAGGUACACAUUACUUAUCUGUUUUGAUUUUGUGAUACGGGUUUAGUUGAACAGUCAGUCAUUAGGUGUUUUGCUUUUCUCAAAAACUAGCAAUAUAAGCAGGCUUUUAGGUCUGGUUUUGUCCAAAAUUUUUGUUUUAUGGGAAUACAUUUAAAGAGAAACAUAAUAUAAAAUGAGAAGGUUCCUUUUUAGUGCAGCUGGUAGCAGAAGCAGACACUAACAAGAUAGUACUGUCUGUUGGUUGGAGUGUUUAUCUUUCUAUUUCUUAUCACUAUUUGCACUGAACUAUUGUUUUUCCAAAUGCCACAUUUCUGGCAGUGGUGCUUUUAGAUUAAGUCCUUUGGAAUUUUUUUAAAGUUUGUAGUUUCCUACUGUUCUCAAAUAAUCUGAGCCAUCUUAAAGCCUCAGUGUUACUUUUUAUUUUGUAAAAAUUCUUUUCCAGAAUCAUAAGUGUUAAAUUUAUGAAAGAGCUGUGACAGUGCAACAUUCCAAAUUUUGUAUUUUUAUGUCUAAACUUCAUAUUUUUAAUUGGUAGAGCAAGGGCUCUUCAGAUUUAUUCUGUUCUUGACUGCCAUUGAUUUUCUUGUGACCAUGGCCAAAUCUUUUAGACUGCCUUUCAAGUAAAUACUUCUUUAGAGACGGGAUAUAAAUAAAUUCUGGAGUAUGCAAAUGGCCAGUAAGUGUCAACUGCUUGAAAAUCUGCUUGGCUGUAACAUACUUCUUUCUAAGAGAGAGUUAUUUGGUUUGAUUGCUCUGAAAACUAAGUAAUUUUGAAUAAAAUAGAAUGGUGAAGAAAAAGAGGCUGAUUGUGAUAGUGUGCUGUGAAAUGGGCUGGUUGAAAAUUUACUGUUUCUAUGCAUGUGAAGGCAAAAAUGGCUCUGCCAGCAUUCUUUCUUUCAGUAACUAACACACACAUGAGGAACUUUUGAGGACCCCUUCUGUCACUGUGAAGUUGACUGGGAGGAGGCACAUUUGCGUUACAGCACGUGACUUCAUCUGUGAGGAAAGCUGCAUGUCUGAUUGUUGUCCUUUCCUCUGCCAAGGCCAGCUGAGGCCCAGCACAGCUGUGCUACAGGGACCCAGAGGGCUCCAGCUGCCAGCUGGCUGUGCUGGGACACCACGGCCUCCCCAGGGAGGGUCGUGCUCCACUGCACCCCUGCUCUGGCUUUGGGAAAACCAGCCGGUCUGGAAUGAGCCACUAGCCACAGUCAGAGGUGAUGAGGAGAUGAGGCAGCUCUUUCCACCUGCUGGGUUAUUGAAGUAAGUCAGGUUGCAAGCUUCUGUUACAUGUUUGCCCAUCUCUUGACCCAGAUGAAGAGGUCAGAAUAUUUCUUGUGUCCAAAGCUAUUCUUGAAGUUACUGUUAAAGUGCUUUCCUGAAAAUGCUGAGGCAGAUGAAUUGAUUGAGGGAAAUCAGCAGCUUUUGCUCGAACAAGAAGCACAGAAGAUGAAUGUAUCUCUAUCAUUGUAAGACAGUGCGUGAGAAUUUUUUUCUCUGUAUUUGAAGCAAAGGUGACAUGUCAUAGGGACAAUGAUGUAUUACCCAAAAAAUCAGUGGGAUCCCUUUUGACCAUGGACCAAAAGUCUGUGAUAGCUGAAAAGUCAUCCUAUGUAGGCAGGUCUUGGACUUGAGUCAAAUUUCUAUGUCAUCUUGUAAGAGGAAGACUUAAAUCUAUUUUUUUAAAUAUUAAAUCUGGAUUAGAUUAUAUAUAUAAAUCUAUUACCUAUGUAACUAAGGGCACUGUUGAUGUUUCCAUAUUUACAAAGUUUAAAAAUGCUUCCUCUGCUUGAAACCCUGUGUUAACUGUCUUUUCAAUUUGUUUAUGGGUUUUAUGUAUGUUUUAGGGAGUUUUUUUCCCUUGAUUUAUUGGUUGGGUUGGUUUUUUUUUAUAAAUACCUGGUCAUUUUACUGAGAGGUUACAAAAUUCAUAUGUUGUAUUUAAUUGUGUGAUUGGCAGAAUUAGAAAUGGUGAGAUGUGAUUUCUUUGGAUUCCUUCUUAUUGUAAAGACAAACAUUUGAAUUUAAUUAAUUAUGUUUAUUUUGAAUAAAUGUCCUUGUCUGUGGCA